AUGUGGGUGACCCCCCUUGGCGCCCGCUUCCCGCCGCAGGCCCUGCUUCAGCCCACCUUCUACCCCUACACCGCGACGGCUGGAUUACUUGAUGCAAAGGGGACACGCCGCGGAAGCAGGGGGGGUCCACACCUGCAGGCACCAGGCUGCCUCCGACCACGAUGCGGUUUGGGCACAUGCCUCGGAGCGCCCCGCCCAGCCCAUGCAGCAGCAAAGGUGGGGGCCCCGCCGCCUUGCAGGCGACUAUCAGGAACGACUGGCCGCCCAGCCACCCGCCCGCGGGGACGACCACAGGCAGACCUUGCACAGGCAGCCCGAGACAUCACAGUGCCAGGGGGGGGUUUCGACAGGUUCCGCGAAAGCAAGCAACUCCAGGCCCAGCGCCGAGCAGUGCACCGACUCCCCCAGGGGGGACAAGCAGCCCGCACAGCCUGGAAAGCAGUGAGCAGAGCACGCAAGCAGGAACAGAGGGCAUGGCAGCAAGCAAACAUUGACCGGGCCAGCUGGCGAGCCAAGCGAUCCCUUGACCACCACAGCAGCCGACAAGGCUGGGAGCACCGCCUCCUUGACGAUGUUCACUGGCAAAAGCACCUCACUCAGCACUUCCGCAGCAUCUUCCACAAGGUGCCGCAAAGCCACACGGCAGCCAAGCUCCACGUUCUCAGGGAGGCUCUGACGAGGGCCUGCAAGCAUGCCCCAUGGCAACCCUUCACUGAAGGGGAACUCCAGCUGGCGACAGCCACGUGGGUUUGGGGGAAAUCCACAGGCCCGGACGGGGUGGCACUGGAGGCAUUGCAGGCGAUGCUGCAGUACCCACGGUGGGCCGGCCGUCUCCAGUUCCUCCUCAACGACUUCCUUUUCCGCGGGGGGGUCACGGUGCUGCUCCCAAAAACAGUGGGGGUGCCAGACAAUUGGGGAGACACGCGCCCCAUUACACUAUCCUCGGCCGUGCUCAAAUGGUUUGGCCAACUUCUCCUUCUCCGGGGAGGUCGCCAGCUCCAGGAGGGGGACACCUACCAAUGGGCGAGGAGGGGGCGCCAAGGCACAGAGCUGCUCGUGGUCCUGCGCCGUGUCAUGCGCAUGUCCCGCGACUGGGGCGUUCCGGUCUGGCUGAUCCGCCUUGACAUCCGUAAGGCAUUCGGAGUCCAUGGGACAUCUCGUGGCGAACUACUCUCCAGCGGGGGGACGGCCAUGGGGGGCUCCCCCUGGGAAGCACGCGCUUGGCUCGGCCUACUCGAAGCCCGCGAGCUGCGGGUUGCCAUCGGCGACACCAUAACAAGCAUUCCACAAAGCAACGGGGUGCGCCAGGGGUCCCCCGAUAGCCCUUGCUGCCAUCAUUGCCACAGCGCUGGACGAGGUCCUCACGCGCACAGCCGGACACCUACCACCAGUGGAUCAGGGGGGGUGUUCAUGGAUGACACCUAUCUAUGGAGUCAUGACCAUGACCACCUGCAGCGCACACUCACCGAGCUUGAGGUCCGACUUGCCAAGGACGGCCUCUCCAUCCACCCCGGGAAAACCGCCAUACUCAGAGCGAGCCAGAAGGGGGAGGAUCUUUUCGAAUAG